AUGGAUUCUAACGGGGGAAUAAGUUCUGAGCAGAACGAGACGUUACCAUUGGACGGGAUGGAGGUCAACCGGAAGUUGCACGGAAGACAGAAAGCGCUCGUCCAUACAAUGGAAAAAGGGGACCAUUUUCAAGAAAAUGGACGACUUCCUCCUCACUCCGACCAACCACGUGAGCCAACACCACGUGACGAUAACCACGUGCAGUCCCCUUCAUCCAACAGCAGGUCAUUAAAAGCCAAGAAAUCAGCCCAAAUUGGCAGAAUGGGCGUGGAGCCUGGUCGUCGCGUCGCGGGGAAAAUAUUUCCAUGCAAAAUAUGCCUUCGUCCCUUCACCAACAGAUCCAGUGUUUACCUCCACGCCCGCACCCACCUCAACUCCGAAGAGCUGGAGCGGUCUACAAUUUUCCAUGGGAAGUGUCCCUACUGCGCAAGAACAUUCUUUAUUCGUCGUGACUUUACUCAUCAUCUCUUCGUCCACAUGAGCCGCGAGGAGCGCGCGGAGGUGCGGCAGGGCUGGCGACACGGAUGCUACUUCUGCACCAAGCGAUUUAAAAGUCAAUCCCACCUCAGUCGUCAUCUUGCGACCCAAACGAAGGAAAAAGUGGGCGGGAGGUGUCACGUGUGUCGAAAAACGUUCUCCUCCAAAGACGGCCUGACCAGUCAUCGCUUCACUCAUCUCAGCGAGGACGAGAAGGUCGCCCUCGUGAAGCAGGGAAUGAGUCGAGAGUGCUUAUUCUGCCACAAGAAAUUCCCCAACAACCGGGCUUAUCAUGCCCACCUGGUCUCCCACACGAAGGAGAAACCCUUUCUCUGCGACCAGUGCGGAAAUCUGUUCGUUCAUAAUUAUAGCUUGAAGUUGCACAAGCGCCUGCACUCUUCGAACCCAAAACGGUUCAAUUGCGACGACUGUGAGAAAGCGUUUACUAGUAAACACAAUCUGACCAGCCACACGAAGACGGUUCACCGGAAGCUGAGGGACUUUGCGUGUCCCGAGUGCGCCAAGAAGUUCGGCAUGAAGAGCGACAUGGUGCGGCAUUUGAGGAGUGUUCAUGCCAAAAUCCGGCUCCCCUCCCCCCUCUGCGGGAAGACGUUCACGCAUAAAGGCCAUCUUGGGACGCAUUUGAAGAAGGUUCAUUCCUCAGAGUAA